AUGUCUGACUCAAGUUCUACCCCGCUGAGCCAAGCCUAUGGCUAUGGCAUUGUUCUUGGCCUCGGCUUUGCUUUUGCCAUCUUCAUGAUCACCGUUACUCACAUCCUUAAACGGUUCAACAAUGAAGUUCAGACGUCUGAAAUGUUCAAUACUGCCGGCCGUACCGUCAAAUCUGGUUUAGUAGCCUCAGCUGUCGUCUCUUCCUGGACCUGGGCCGCGACUCUACUACAGAGCUCUGGCGUGUGCUACCGAUAUGGCGUCUCUGGCCCCUUCUGGUAUGCCUCUGGAGCUACUGUUCAGAUCUUGUUAUUUGCUACGAUAGCCAUCACGCUCAAGAAGCGAGCACCAAAUGCGCAUACGUUCCUGGAAGUUAUCAAGGCAAGGUAUGGCAUGGCAGCACACUUCACCUUCAUCGUCUUCGGCCUCAUGACCAACAUGCUGGUUUCGCUCAUGUUGAUCACGGGAGGAGCAGCGACUGUAAAUGCGUUGACCGGGAUGCAUGCCGUAGCAGCCAUCUUCCUCAUCCCCAUCCCCGUGGUGGCAUAUACGGUGUCUGGUGGUCUCAAGGCCACCUUCAUCACAGACUAUAUCCAUACGUUUGCAGUGCUUAUUAUCAUCAUGAUCUUUGCUCUCAAGACCUACGCCACCUCCGAUGUGCUCGGUAGCCCGGCAGCCGUAUACGAUCUCCUCGUAAAAGCUGCCCAGGCCCACCCCGUCUCUGGCAACCGCGACGGCAGCUACCUUACCAUGAAGUCUCAGGGUGGCGCCAUCUUCUUCGUCAUCAACAUUGUUGGAAACUUUGGUACCGUGUUCUUGGAUAAUGGUUACUACAACAAGAGUAUUGCAGCAAGCCCUAUUCAUGCCUUGCCGGGAUACAUCAUGGGCGGUGCGGCAUGGUUUGCUAUUCCAUGGUUGACAGCCACCACGCUUGGCCUUGCGGCGCUUGCCCUCGAAUCUAGCCCUCAAUUCCCGACGUACCCUAACCGCCUCACGGAUUCGCAAGUCUCUGCUGGUUUGGCUCUUCCUUACGCCGCCGUAGCCCUCAUGGGCAAAGGUGGCGCCAUUGCUACUCUCAUUAUGCUUUUCUUGGCCGUCACAUCAGCGUUCAGUGCCGAGCUGGUAGCAACAUCCACCAUCUUCACAUACGACAUUUACAGGACUUAUAUCCGCCCUAGUGCCAGCAGCAAGAGUCUCGUAUGGAUGUCUCAUAUAUCCAUGGUCGCCUAUAUGCUCGUCGUCUGCUGCAUCUCCACUGGCUUAUGGUAUAACGGCAUCUCCAUGGGCUACCUCUAUCUGCUCAUGGGCGUGCUCAUCUCGGCUGCUGUGAUCCCGGCCACGUUGACAUUGCUGUGGAACGGCCAAAACCGCUGGGCAGCAAUUUUCUCGCCUAUUUUGGGCACAACCUGCGCCAUUGUUGCCUGGCUCGUCACUGCCAAGAAGAAGUGCGGCAAGCUGGAUGUCGACUGCACGGGCUCGAACGAUCCGAUGUUGGCUGGCAACGUCGUUGCGUUGCUAGCGCCUGUUGUUCUCGUGCCGCUAUUUUGUCUCAUUUUCGGCUUUGACAAGUACAACUGGCAGUCCAUGAUGGAGAUUCGAAAGGUGGAUGACCACGACAUGAUCCAGGCGUCGGGGCUUGACAGCGAAGCGCAACGACAGCUGGAGAGAAACCAGGAGCGUACGGAAUCCGAGGAAGAGCGCCGGAAGCUUAACAAGGCAUUCAAGGUUGCCUGUUUUGUCACUGUCUUUAUGGCACUUGCGUUCCUCGUUCUUUGGCCGAUGCCCAUGUACGGCACCGGGUACAUCUUCUCCAAGCCUUUCUUCACCGGCUGGGUGACUGUUGGCAUCAUCUGGAUCUUUUGUUCGUUUAUCUGCGUUGGAUUGUACCCGAUAUGGGAAAGCAGAGCAACGCUGGUCAGAGUGCUCACUGGAAUUGUCACCGGCAGGUCACCGCCGCUGGUCACAAUGGCUAUUGAGGGUGAAACGAGCGGAGAUGUGACGCCUGAGAAGGAGGAUAUGAAGGAGGGAUCAAUUUCAUAA